AUGGCCGACUUCGAUUCCAAGGGCGGCAAGCGCUCCAGCGCCGAUCGAGAUGGAGCUUCUAGGAAGAAGGCCAAGAAGGAGGAUUCCGAAGAUGAGCCCAAGUACAACCCCUACCUUGCGCACAUGAACGAGGACAACGGCGUCAAGUCUGAGGAGGGCAUUGACCCCAGCUCUGCCUUUGCCGACUUUACCCCGCGCUCCACCACCGCGAAGCAGGCCGAGAAGGUUGAGGACCUCGACACCAACGCCUUCACUGGACGCCCCCAUUCGCAAAAGUACUUCCAGAUCUUGCAGAGCCGUCGCGACCUGCCCGUCCACAAGCAAAGGCAAGAAUUCCUCGACAAGUACCACUCUACCCAGAUCCUCGUCUUCGUCGGUGAGACCGGUUCCGGAAAGACGACCCAGAUCCCCCAAUACGUUGUUUACGAUGAGCUCCCCCAGCUGAACCGCAAGAUGGUCGCUUGUACCCAGCCCCGUCGUGUCGCCGCCAUGUCCGUUGCCCAGCGUGUCGCCGACGAGAUGGACGUCAACCUCGGCGAGGAGGUCGGUUACAGCAUCCGUUUCGAGGACAUGACGGGCCCCAAGACGAUGCUCAAGUACAUGACGGACGGUAUGCUUCUGAGAGAAGCCAUCCACGACCACGAGAUGUCGCGCUACAGCUGUAUCAUCCUUGACGAGGCUCACGAACGUACACUUGCCACCGAUAUCCUCAUGGCCCUGCUUAAGCAGAUCGCUGCUCGCCGUCCGGACCUCAAGAUCAUUGUCAUGUCCGCCACCCUCGAUGCCCAAAAGUUCCAGCGUUACUUCAACGACGCACCCCUCCUCGCCGUCCCCGGUCGUACCCAUCCCGUCGAGAUCUUCUACACCCCUGAGCCCGAGAGAGACUACGUCGAGGCGGCCAUCCGGACGGUGCUGCAGAUCCACGCCUCCGAGGGCGAGGGAGAUGUGCUGGUGUUCCUGACGGGUGAAGAAGAGAUUGAGGACGCCUGCAGGAAGAUCAACCUCGAGGCGGACGAGAUGAUCAGAGAGAUCGACGCCGGCCCCCUGGCCGUCUACCCGCUCUACGGUACCCUCCCCCCGCACCAGCAGCAGAGGAUAUUCGACAAGGCACCAGAGCCCUACAAGAAGGGCGGCCGCCCGGGUCGCAAGGUCAUUGUGGCGACCAACAUUGCCGAGACGUCGCUGACCAUUGACGGAAUCGUCUACGUCGUCGACCCCGGUUUCAGUAAGCAGAAGAUCUACAACCCGCGCAUCCGUGUCGAGUCCCUGUUGGUCUCUCCCAUCUCCAAGGCCUCGGCGCAGCAGCGUGCCGGUCGUGCCGGUCGUACCAAGCCCGGAAAGUGCUUCCGCCUGUACACCGAGCAGGCCUUCAAGAAGGAGCUCAUCGAGCAGACGCACCCCGAAAUUCUGCGAUCCAACCUGGCCAACACGGUCCUCGAGCUGAAGAAGCUCGGCGUCGAGGAUCUCGUCCACUUCGACCUCAUGGACCCCCCCGCCCCGGAGACCAUGAUGCGGGCGCUCGAGGAGCUAAACUACCUCGCAUGUCUCGACGACGACGGCGAGCUCACCACGCUCGGCAGUCUUGCGUCGGAGUUCCCGCUGGACCCUGCGCUGGCCGUCAUGCUCAUCUCGUCGCCCGAGUUCUACUGCUCGAACGAGAUCCUCUCCAUCACCUCCCUCCUCUCUGUGCCCCAGAUCUGGGUGCGGCCGGCCGCCAGUCGCAAGCGUGCCGACGAGAUGAAGGCGCACUUCUCCCACCCGGAGGGUGACCACCUGACGCUCCUCAACGCGUACCACGCCUUCAAGGGCCAGGCCAACGUGCCCGGGUCGGAUGCCAAGAAGUGGUGCCACGAGCACUUCCUGUCGUUCCGUCACCUCAGCAGCGCCGACAACGUGCGGUCGCAGCUGAAGCGCAUUAUGGAGAAGCACGAUCUCGAGCUUGUGUCGACGCCGUUCGAGGACAAGAACUACUACACCAACAUCCGCCGCGCCCUGCUUUCGGGCUUCUUCAUGCAGGUCGCCAUGAAGGAGAGCUCCGGCAAGGUCUACCGCACCAUCAAGGACGACCAGGCUGUCAUGAUGCACCCCUCCACCGUCCUCAAGACCGACUACGAGUGGGUCCUCUACAACGAGUUCGUCCUCACCUCCAAGCAGUACAUCCGCACCUGCACCGGAAUCAGGCCAGAAUGGCUACUGGAAAUUGCGCCCGUAUACUACGAUCUAGACACGUUCGAAAAGGGUGAAGUCAAGACGGCACUCCUGCGGGCGACCGAGAAGAAGCGUCGCAAGGAGGCCAAGAAGAACAGCCGGUGA